AUGAAGACGAAUGCUCUGCAGUGCGCCGCGAGGUGUUUCGUCGUCAAAAACCAAUUUAAUUAUAUGGUUACUGUCAUCUUGGCCUUGAUGGCCCUGGGAUACCUGAUAGGUCGCUAUUCUAGUAGCGCAGCUAAGACCUAUUCCGGCACCGAACUGGCUGCGUCCACCAACGCAGAAAUGUCCGUCGAAGUUUGGCAAAGGAUCCAAUCGAAAAUCGAAGAGAUUGCUGGUGAGCUCCAAGACCUGCAGGCGUACAUGGGCUGA